GGACCCAUCGAUCCGUGACCUCUGUCUUUCCCAUGUCUCUUCCUCAGUACACAAUAACACAACACGCUCUCUCUCUUUUUAGAAUGAGUCUUCUUUCUUAUUUUGUUUGAAUUUCACUCCAAUCACUUUGAAACCACCGCAACCAAACACCCCCAAAUCCCACACCGCCUGCUAUAAUUUGAAUGGACGAAGAGAGCGAUUGAAAAUUUUUUCAUUUUUUUUUUUAACAGCGUGAGAGAGUUUUGGAAUGGCUUCGAGUUAUAGAAAUGGUUACAGGGGGAGUAGUAGUGGUAGCAUGAAGGUGGAUCGGCCGGUACCGUCGUCAAACCUCAAAGCGUCGUCGUUUAAAUCCAGACCUUCUGCGGGAUCCGCUCUCCGACGUAGCAGCCCCGCCUCUCUGACCGCCCUCGGCGACGGAGUACCUGGAAGAGUUCGAGUGGCUGUAAGAUUGAGACCGCGAAAUGCAGAGGAAUUGGCGGCUGAUGCAGAUUUUGCUGAUUGUGUUGAGUUGCAGCCAGAGCUUAAAAGGUUGAAACUCCGGAAAAACAAUUGGGAUUCAGACACUUACGAAUUUGAUGAGGUGCUUACCGAAUUUGCAUCGCAGAAGCGUGUCUAUGAAGUUGUUGCUAAGCCUGUUGUAGAGAGUGUUCUAGAUGGUUACAAUGGGACUGUGAUGGCUUAUGGUCAGACUGGUACUGGGAAAACUUUUACUCUUGGACGAAUAGGAGAGGAAGAUACAUCUGAUCGUGGAAUUAUGGUUCGUUCAAUGGAGGAUAUUUUUGCAGAUAUUUCUCCAGAGACUGAUUCUAUAUCAGUCUCGUAUUUGCAGCUUUAUAUGGAGACUCUGCAAGACCUGCUUGAUCCUGCAAAUGAUAACAUUCCUAUUGUGGAAGAUCCAAAAACUGGCGAUGUUUCAGUACCAGGGGCUACUCUUGUAGAAAUCAGGGACCAGCAGAGUUUUGUGGAGCUGCUAAGAAUAGGGGAAGCUCAUCGAAUUGCUGCUAACACAAAGUUGAAUACUGAGUCUUCUCGUAGUCAUGCUAUUCUGAUGGUACAUGUUAGAAGGUCUGUCACGGGAAGAGAAGAUAUAAUUUCCAGUGAAAAUGGAGAUCCCUCUCACUUGGCCAAACCCUUUAAGCCACUUGUUCGAAAAAGCAAGCUUGUUGUAGUAGAUCUGGCUGGUUCAGAGCGUGUCCAUAAGUCAGGAAGUGAGGGACAUAUGUUAGAGGAAGCCAAGUCUAUCAAUCUCUCUCUUAGUGCAUUGGGGAAGUGCAUAAAUGCUCUAGCUGAGAAUAGUGCUCAUGUUCCAGUUCGUGAUUCAAAGCUUACAAGGUUGCUUAGAGAUUCAUUUGGAGGCACUGCAAGGACGUCAUUAAUUGUGACUAUUGGCCCAUCCCCACGCCAUCGAGGAGAGACUGCGAGUACCAUACAGUUUGGACAAAGGGCUAUGAAGGUGGAGAAUAUGUUGAAGAUAAAGGAGGAGUUUGAUUAUAAAAGUUUGUCUAGAAGGCUUGAAGUACAAGUGGACAAACUCAUUGUGGAAAAUGAGAGGCAGCAGAAAGCUUUUGAGGAUGAAGUUGAAAGAAUAAACGUAGAAGCACAAAAUCGAAUCUCUGAGGUUGAGAGAAGCUUCACAGAUGCAUUAGAGAAGGAGAGGUUAAAAUGCCAGAUGGAUUAUAUGGAAUCAGUCAAGCAACUGGAGGAGAAGUUGGUGUUGAAUCAACAAAAGCAUGAUUGUGAUGGCUUCACUGAUGGUUUAUGUAAUGGACAGGGGUCUAGGCUUUCUGUUGCUGAGAUAAACAACCUGCUUGAAAAGGAAACUAACCUAAGAAAAGCAGCUGAAGAGGAGGUAGAACAUCUUAAAAGUCAACUUGGGCAACAUUUACAGUUAGAGGCAGGUGGAGAUACAGAGGUUUUAAAGCUUCUUAAAAUUAUAGAAGAUGAGGCUCAUCAGAAGAAGAAACUUGAAGAAGAAAUAAUAAUACUACGGAGUCAGUUGUUGCAAUCAACUUUUGAAGCUGACCAGAUGAGGAGAUGUCUUGAAAGAAGUGGGCCUGGAAAUGCAUACACUGGUCUAGAUUCUUCCAUGUCUCCAUUUAGGCAUUCCCAAUUCAAAGACUCUGGGAAUGGACAGAAGGCAUCAAUUGCAACACUCUUUGAGCAAGUAGGAUUGCAAAAGAUCUUGGCACUACUUGAGUCAGAAGAUGCCAAUGUACGGAUUCAUGCUGUGAAAGUGGUGGCCAACCUAGCAGCUGAAGAAGCCAAUCAGAAAAAAAUUGUUGAAUCUGGUGGCCUUACUUCCUUACUGAUGCUUCUUAGAAGCUUUGAAGAUGAAACUGUUCGCAGAGUAGCAGCUGGUGCAAUUGCCAAUCUUGCUAUGAAUGAAGCCAAUCAAGAACUUAUAAUGCUUGAAGGGGGAAUUAGUCUUUUAUCAAUAACAGCAGCUGAUGCUGAGGAUCCUCAAACCCUACGCAUGGUUGCUGGAGCUAUUGCUAAUCUAUGUGGCAAUGAUAAGUUACAGAUGAAGCUGAGGUCUGAAGGCGGAAUCAAGGCUUUGUUAGGAAUUGUGAGAUGUGGGCAUCCUGAUGUUCUAUCCCAAGUUGCACGUGGGAUUGCUAACUUUGCAAAAUGCGAGUCCCGAGGUUCUACUCAAGGGAUAAAAAGUGGCAGAUCUCUUUUGAUAGAAGAUGGUGCACUUCCAUGGAUUGUACAAAAUGCUAAUAAUGAAGCUGCACCAAUCAGGCGUCAUAUUGAGCUUGCACUCUGCCACCUGGCACAGCAUGAAGUAAAUGCGAAGGACAUGAUUAGUGGAGGUGCCCUCUGGGAGCUAGUUCGUAUCUCACGGGAUUGCUCCAGAGAGGACAUAAGGAGUCUUGCCCGCCGGACAUUAAAUUCCAGCCCCACCUUUAAAUCAGAAAUGCGGCGGUUGCGGAUAGAGUACUGAUGAUGGGCUUGUCUGAAUUGUUACUCUUACAUCUAGCUGAUGAGUGUGAUGUGCAGAAACUGCUAAAAAUGUGCUGUUUAGGCUUGGUUGGAAGGUGAUCUUACCCAUGCUACACAAGGGGGCAUUCGGCAGUUGAUUCUCCACUCGCAAAUUUUGUAAUGUGUAGGCUGGGCUUGUAAGCCAUGAUUAUAGCUUCAUUGACCAUCCAUGAUUGUAGCCUAGCGGAAAAGAAAUGAAAAGAAGAAAAAUUUUGCUGCUGAAUGAGUCAAAUUCGUUUCAUCUUCAGUUUCUGAAGUGGGACUGACUCAAUGUCCAGCUCCUCUGUUUCAAUGUGAAUGUUGUAUAAUUUGAUUUGUA